UCCUUCACGUCCUCCUCGAGGGCUGGGAAAGAGGAAGGAGGAGGAGGAGGUGGAGGCGGCGCCGUUCGGGCAUGGAGCGCUACGAGAAGGCGGCGCUCAACGCGCUUUCGCCCCCCGAGGCCCGAAGUGAAGUUUCAUUAGCCUCAACUUUAAGGACAAUGCUGUUCUUCACAGCUUUAAUGAUUAUGUUGCCGAUUGGAUUGUAUUUCUCAACAAAGGCGUAUAUAUUUGAAGGUACCUUUGGAAUGUCCAACAGGGACAGCUACUUCUAUGCUGCAAUUGUUGCUGUGGUUGCUGUCCACGUUGUCCUUGCUCUUUUUGUGUACGUAGCAUGGAAUGAAGGCUCCCGACAAUGGCGGGAGGGUAAGCAGGACUAAGAGAGCUGGAUGGCCGCCUGACAGACAAAGGAAGAUUUGUAGGUUGUGGUGCCAGCCUCAAAGACUUUCCAGAAGUCCCUGUUUGAAUUGGAUGAGAUUGGUGGGAUGGAAAUGUUUUGUUUUAUUUGUAUGAAUCCGUGAUUUCAGGUGUCCCAAAAUUUAGCAGAGCUGGGAAAAACCAGCAAGAGGAGCAAUUGAGUAUCUUUCAGAGAAUGUUGAUAAAUUUUCUAGACAAAAACAUGGAGAGACUGCACCGUAAGUAGAUAAUAGAUAAUGCUUUCAGCAGAUUUGGUAAUAUCAAGGUAAUCUUUGAGCUUCUAGUAUCAGUGAAACGGAUUGGAUUCGUACGUCCUCAGUUUUCCAAUCUGACAUUGGAACGGUUGGCCUUAACAUCUAAGAAACACAGGUGUUUUUGGAACUGGUGCUUAUUUUGUUUGAUGACAGAACAAUGAUGCCAAGUUGAACCAGACUAUCACUCUACAUGGUAGCUUUUCACGUAAGAUUGUUCCCCCCCCCCAAAAAAAAAUUAGAUAAAGAGUUUUGUCAAAUGCCAUGAUUUUGAAUGCAGUUUUUCUGUUAUUCACUACCAAGAAGAGAAUUCCUUUAAGAAGGAGAUUUUCUUGUUUAAUGGACCAAGAUGUGAAUCAAUUUAUCACUAAUUUCAGAGUCUUACCAAUGUUAUUUGGCCAUCCCAAAAUGCCUCCCUGUUGAAAUUUAAAGUUUGUUUUAUCGCCUAUUCUUUGGGUUGAUCGAUUGCUACUUUUAGCCUCUUUCUGUUGGCAGCCGGUUAAUUUGCUGCCUUGUCUCUGCAAAGAAAAGAUCCCACUGCAGUAACAUUCUUCCUCUUUGUUUGCUGCUGAAAAUCAUGGACAUCAUGUAUUGGAAUGACUUUGAAAUUGGAAUUCGUCCUGAGGGUCCUUGCCAACUUUUGGAGGGAAUUCUCUCGUAAUAUGUUGUACAUUAUUUGUUGUGCAAUAACGAAAAUUAUCUUCCUUUCCCCUUUUCGUCGGUGGGAUGGUUGGAUAUCCAACCUGGUGCUGCUGCAAAGCUGCCUCUGACAUAACUGGAAUAUUUUUGUACAGGGUUUUCUUCACAAGUAAUGUGUGGUUCCCCAAUUCCACAAAUGUUGAUCAGGAGCUAUGCUUGCUUCAAAAUUGAAUUAUUUCCUCUAAAUCUUGAUUAUGUUGGAUUUCUAGAUUUCCUCCUGUUGUUCUUACCAAUGAUUUUGGGGAGUCAGAACGGCUCAGUGAGAAUUUCCCAGAGAGAGAGAGGGAGGGGGAGAGAGAGAGAGAGAGAGAGAGAAAGAAAGAAAGAAAGAAAGAAAGAAAGAAAGAAAGAAAGAAACCACUUUUCAAUUCAGAUCAAACACUGGAAAUAUUCCAAUUCUGAAUGCAGUGAUGAUUUUCAAGUCAAAAGGUUUGCAUUUUUGUCAGAGAAAGCUUCCAAGUUCUGUAGCUGGUGCUUAGGUUGCUCUAUGAUGGUCUCAAAUUCCAUAUUUUUCUGCUGACCUUAUUUUCUCCUCUCUGACAGAUUAAAUUUAUCUUAUGUAUUGCAAAUGCUGCAUUUAUAGUCAAAAUGCAGUUGUAUAGAUUCCCCGCUGAGCCCAAAGAAUUGAAAUGGCUGUGUAGUAAAUUUCUGGAUGAUCCCUUGAUGGCCAACGAGUUGUAAAUAUUGUACCAUCAGCAUUUCUUCCACAUGGAUUGCUUCCUUAUAAAUUGGCUGGUCUGAGUGUAUAUUAUGGGAUGUAUCUGUGGUAUAUCUUGCACUGAACUCUUAACCAAGGAUAUGAUUGGGCUUCACACGUUGCACUAAGCAAUUGGUUUUUCAGCCAGCACGUUGUGUGAGACUCACUCAUUAAGGUAUAGAAACUGUGAUUUCUGAUUUCAGGUUUUGUGCAAACCCAGUUAUUUAUAUAAUAAAUUGCAUAAAUCA